CCAACUUCCCUUCUCUCUCACAAAUCAUUUCCUUCUGUUUCCCUCUCCUCUGGGAACGAUAGCUUCAACUCCUAAAAUUCGGUUUUUUUUCCUCAAGAAUCAGAUGAAGCAACUAAUUCGACGACUCUCUCGCGUCGCGGAUUCCUCAUCCGCCCAGUACAGCCUCCUCAGAUCCGAUCAGUCCGGCCGCUGCUGCAAGCGUAAGCAGAAAUCCUUCAGACGCGGUGGGGUUUCGCCCCCAUCAGUGCCGGAGGGACACGUGCCGGUCUACGUCGGAGACGAGAUGGAGAGAUUCGUGGUCAGCGCGGAGCUGAUGAACCAUCCCGUCUUCGUCGGGCUUCUCAACAAGUCGGCGCAGGAGUAUGGGUACGAGCAGAAGGGCGUGCUUCACAUCCCCUGUCACGUCCUCGUCUUCGAGCGUGUCCUGGAGGCGCUGCGUCUCGGCGUCGACUCACGUGAUCUCCCGGAUCUGCUUGGGUCCUUCGCCGACGACUGUUUUUUGGAAGCUUAGCAGGCAACGGUUACAAAAAAACAACACAGCAAAAAUGAACUAGAGGUGGAAAACGAGGUCGUUUUGGUUUUUCACUAGUUUAUUUUCCUUAUUCCUGUAAAUACCAGAGGAGAAGAAAACGGAAGUUCUCAGGUUUUUUUUUUCUUUUUUCUUUUUUCUUUUUUUUUUUCUUUUGUUUCUAUUUUGUAGUUCUUCAGUGUAAAGAGAACAUGGACGGCCAUGGAAAAUCAAAAUCUUAUCUCCUU